UAAAAUGGUACGGUCCGCGUAAACCACGCCCCAUCUCUCAUGUCCCGUUGAUAAUGAAGUUAUUAUUGUUGUUUUUAUCAGCUAGAGUCUGAUGGCGAAGAAGUUAAUGAAAACACUCAAACGAACCCGUCGAGUUUCCCCACAAUAACGCGCAUCUCCCUGUCUAGGGACGUUAUGAUAAACCGAAGUAUUACCCCGAAACACAUGUUCGCGCGGGGGGUAAUAAACUCAUGGAGCAGGGGAGAAUAACGCGCAGACGGGGUUGCAAGAGACCCGAGCCGCCGGACGCGAGCAUGAAGCGGGACGUCAGUAAAGUCCUGCGGCCGCUGCCCGUGGAGAACAACGACGAAGAUGAACUUAUGAAGGAGGAUCACUGUUUCUCCAUGGACUUCAGCAGGAAACCAGCAAGAGCGCCUCGGUACAGUCUGAUACGGGAGGUGGGUCGCGGGAGCUACGGUGUGGUGUACGAGGCUGUCGCCCGCAGCUCCGGCGCACGGGUGGCCGUGAAGAAGCUCCGCUGCGACGCGCCCGAGACCGUGGAGCUGGCGCUGGCCGAGUUCUGGGCCCUCGCGAGCCUGGAGAAACGGCAUGAAAAUGUGGUUCAUCUGGAGGAGUGCGUGCUGCAGAGAGACGGGAUGGCACAGAAAAUGAACCACGGCAACCAGAAAUGCAAACAGUAUUUGAGAUUGGUGGAAACCUCUCUGAAAGGUGAACGAGUUGGUGAGCGUAUCUUGGGUCACUCUGAACAACCCUCUUAUCUCUGGUUCGUUAUGGAGUUCUGCGACGGUGGCGACCUCAACCAGUACAUCCUCUCCCGACGGCCCGACCCGCGGACCAACCACAGUUUCAUGAAGCAGCUGACCAGCGCUGUGGCCUUCCUCCAUAAGAACAACAUCGUCCACCGCGACCUCAAACCAGACAACAUUCUCAUCUCGCAGAAAUCGGGGACCCCCGUCGUCAAAGUGGCCGACUUUGGCCUCAGCAAGGUGUGCGCGGGACUCGGCUGCUUCGAGGACGCGAGUCACGAGCAGGUAAACAAAAACACUGUGAACGUUAACAAAUUCUGGUUGUCGUCAGCAUGCGGCUCGGACUUCUUCAUGGCUCCUGAGGUGUGGGAGGGCCACUACACGGCCAAAGCGGACAUUUUUGCGUUGGGGAUCAUCAUUUGGGCCAUGAUCGAACGGAUCACGUUCAUCGACGCAGAUUCCAAGCGCGAGCUCCUCGGCACGUAUGUUUGCCAGGGUGCCGAGAUCAUCCCGGUGGGCGAGGCCUUGCUGGAAAACCCGAAGAUGGUUCUCCACAUUCCUCAGAGGACCCGUAACGUGAUGUCAGAGGGCGUCAAGCGACUCCUGCAGGACAUGCUGGCUGUCAACCCGCAGGACCGGCCCGACGCCUUUCAGCUGGAGGUCAGAAUGAACCAGGUCACAUGUGCGGCAUGAGCAGAAGUGACGGGCCGACAUAAUCGCACAACUAUAUUUCAGGUUUGGUGAGCAUUAAAAUACGGAAGUGCACGCUGAUGAGAACAUCUAAAGGGACGUUGACCUUUAAACUCUGAAUCUGGUGAAUCUCAUGGAAAAAGGUGAAACGUAAAACGUUAUCUGUAGCAGACCUUUGACAUGGAAAAGCUAUGCAGGCUUCUUUUCUAACACACCUUUUCUACUUCUGCAAUAAAUUCCUCAUAUAAACGACUUCCAAAGAAACCACACAUAUGCAUAAGACAUUUUUACCUGCUGAUGUCUAACUCUCUCGUGUUGUCUGACGUGGCCACAUCCACAUGUUUUGACGUUGCACUAUGUCUUCAUACAAACAUAUCCUGUGAAAACUACCUACUGCCGCUGUACCAGACAGUUUGUGACCUAGAUCUCUAAAACAAAACUGAUUAGGAAAUGAUUAUAUAGCUUGUGUAAAUGAAGACAUAAGUAUUUAAUGUGAAUAUGUGGGUGACCCUGUAUACACUAGAAAUGCUGUGUUAUUUUCAAUCCAGCGUUGGGUCAAAAAGGGACAAACCCAAAUGUUGGGUUAAAUUAACCAGGAAAAUGUUUAGAUUUGACCCAACAAUGGAUUCAGAGACAACCCAACAUUUUGUUUUAAUUACAACCCAACGGUUGGAUUUGUUCCUUUUUGACCCAACGCUGGGUUGAAAAAACACAUGUUUUUUUAGAGUAUGUGUGAAUGUUUGUGAUGUGAGCAGUCUGCACCUCUUUCUAAAAAACACAUUGUGCCUUAGAUUGUUUUUUUAAGACAGUGGGCUGUAUUGGUUUUUUUUUUUUUUUAGAUUUUAUGCAUGAUUUUGUCCGAAGAGUUUUAUUUCUGUGACUGUUUAAAGGUUUUUCAAACAGUCUAAUUGUAUCCUUAAAAAAUUGCAAAGUUAUAUGUAAGAGUUUUAAAUGCAACCUUUGUGAAAAAUGCGUAUUUUUGUUAAAUAUUCUAAAAAACGUAUUGUUUUCAAACGUUUAGCCAUCAAACAUGCACAAACAGUAUCAUAUGAAUACGACACAAAUAGAUCAAUUGAUAUCAUUCACUAUUUUUUAUCAGCAAUGCUAACAGGUGAUUGUUUUACUUUCAACAAUUGUAAUUUUUCAACACUGUUAAUAUUGUUUUUUUUAUGGAAUCGAACAACUUCUAUCAGGUGAACUUUGUGUUGUUCCAGCAAUUUUCCAAUGUCACUUUUCACUCCAGUCUUCAGAAUAUUUGUGAAUGAGAUUUACAUUUAGUCAUUUAGCAGACGCUUUCAUCCAAAGCGACUUACAAACGAGGUAAACAAAGCAAAUGGAACAACAUAAGGACAACAAAAAGCAUAAGUGCAAUGAAACUGGUCUCAUAGCCUACCACAGCCUCAUAGUUUUUUGGGGGGAUAGAAAGAGAAAUCCAUGUGAUAUUUACAAUCUAUUUCAAAGUCUAAAAUUUUGUGGAUUUUUUUUCUUGUCGGCCGUUUAAAUUCUUGUUUUGACAUGAAAUGUUUAAAGCUGCAAUCCAUAAAUUUGCUCUCCAUAUUGCCAUAUAUAUUUAAAACAAAAUUGCCUUUUACUUUAUCUGUGUUAAAGUCCAAAUUGAUAUUUCCCGCAAAAUCGGGAAUUAUUAUAACUUACAAUUGUGAAUUGUGAGGUUUUUAACACUGUUUUAUGUAGUUGCUUAAUGACAGAUUUGUGUUCAUUUUAACCAAGAAAAAUGACAGAUUGCAGCUUUCUUUUUUAUAUCAUGUGUUGCAUAGCUCUGUUUCUGUGGGCAUCAUUGAGUUAAUGUAACGCUAUACAUUACUGUUUUGAGUUGCUGUUUAACAUGCACUACCUUACCAGAUGUUUAGACAUGACCUGUUCUCUUCAGAUCCAGAUCUGUGUUCAUCUCUGACGAAUUAAUGGUUUAAUUGUUACACUCAUUUUAAUGGUGACCGUGGUCAUGCUCAGUGUUAAUCGACAAACAGCUGAAACGGCAGCGAGACAUCGUUCCCUUAGUUAGAAGUGAUUUCUGUUCAGUGUUUGGUUUACAGUGUCUCUACCUCAUUUUCGCCAUCGCUUUAAUGUCACGUUUCAAUGUUAAGUCUAGUCACUUGAGGUUCGCGUAUAUUCAGUCAAUCGCUCUGUAUUUCAUAACUUUGCAUUUUACUCUUUGUGUUUGAAAUGCAUGGAGUUCAGUUCAUUAUUGCAGUAAACCCGAUGAGGCGACACGUUCUGUUGUCUUGUCAUGGGUAGUUCAAGCAGUUCCUGAUAUACCUUAUCUUUUCCAGUCACAACCCAUAGUUCUGAAAACUUCAAACCAGGAGUUAAUGUGUGUUGGUGUUAACAUCUGUCACAAGAAAUGUGGAUUGUACAUUUAGAAACUUGCCUCAAAAUACCAAAAAACCUUUGACCUUGAUGUUUGCCAUUUCUGCAUGCCCGCUGUAAAAUGUUUGCAGGUCAAACAAAUGCAAUUUAACAGUUCUGUAGAAAACUCGCCUAACAUAAUGAAUCACUACAAACACACCAAACGGUCGUCUUUCUACUUGAACAUUUCUCCGUUUUUUGUUUGUUUUGUUGGUAGUUUCUUGUCAAUAUACUAUUUUUGGUUUUGAUGCUAUGAGCCAUGAGAUGUUUUUGAAAACCUAAAUGUAGAUACUUAUUUUCUUGAAUAAAGGAAUACAAAUAUUGAGUGAUA